AUGAUUGUGGGUUCCUCUGAUGCAAAGGCCCCGGCACAAGAACUGGAGGUAACCAUCAAGUCUGCGCAAGGUCUGCGCGAAACAAGUCAUGCUGGAGCAACAGAUCCUUAUUGUGUUGUCGAAGCGCUGGGAUCCCAAAGUCGGUUCCAGACAAAAACCUUGCAGCGCACUGUGAAUCCCGUUUGGGAAGAGACAGGAACAUUGACUGUUGCCCGAAAUGGGGUGGUCAAAGUCACCAUCUACGAUUUCGACAACGGUCUGAAGGAUGAAGUGUUGGGAUGUGUGGAGAUUCCCUCCAGAAGUUUCGCUGACGGAAGUUUCGAGGGAAGCCUGCAGUUGCAGGAUGCACAGGCCAAAGGGCAGGCAUCUUUGCAGGUUGGUCUUCGUGUGCUCCGGAACGUGCAGGCACCGAACAGCGGUUCCACUGCACAAGGCAGUGAAGGCACUGCAGCUGCUUUGGCUGUGCCGCCUUCUCUUUUGCAGGCGUUUCCGGACUUGGCUAUGGUUAUGCCGGAUCCUUUCUCCUUGACGACGGUGCCGAGGACCGUGAAGCCCGAGGAGCGAAGGCCUUCGUCGCAAGAAGAGGCGCAACAUCUGAUCGAGGCCUACCACCGCUUGCUAGACCAGCUGCUGGCGGCACAGGAGAGCAUCGAAAUGGACCAGGAGCGAAUGGCCUGGGGUUUGCUGCAGGCCAAACAGGCCAAUCCACCAGACGACUUCCUCGACAUGCAGGGCGUCCUGUGCGCAUGGCAUCAGGCUCGUGUAAAUGCAGAUCCAGGUCCAGGGUCACGGUCUCAUCGGCGACCUUGGCGUGUCCCCCAUGCCGUCUGGAGCAUGCCAGCUGUGGCAGUUGUGGCUGCUUCAGAGACAACCCGGCGCCGAGUGUCCUCGAUGAGACCAGGCCUGGACCACCGACACCCACUUGUGAUGAUGCAUGCGGCAACAAGUUAUGACACCGCUUUAGGUCAACUUGUGGCUGACGAGUGCAUCGACCGUGGCGAGGUGAUUGUGCAAGACAAACCUGUCCUCCUGGUUGAGGAUCUCCCGGAUGAAGAUCCGUCUGGCGCCCUCUGGGCUUCCGAUCCCGAGGAAUUUCUGCUUCACUGCCGGAGGCUGCGCAGCCAGAAGGCGCUGGCGAGUUUUCGAAGGCUCAGUGCCGAAAAGAGGCACACGGUGCUUUCGCUCUACGUCCCGGAUCUACAGGAGCCUGGUUUCGAGGACUGGGUUGCAGAGGAGGAAGUUUCCGAAGGGGAUGACGAAGCAUUUUUGUUCUUGCGGGUCCUGCGCGUCAACGGAAUCGAGGUGCCGGAUGGGAGAACAGGGCUCUAUGCCACUGCAUGCCGUGCCAACCACUCUUGUUUGCCAAGAGCCCGUCUAAGUGUUGAUGCUGACGGUGGGGUCAGGAUUGUUGCCUUGACCAGCAUUUCAGCUGGCGAGGAGGUCACAGUGUCGUACUUGUCAGAGUCAGAUCUCCUCGAGCCUUCGUCCAUCCGCAGGAAGCUGCUGAGUCAGACGUGGGGCUUCCUGUGCACGUGCCAAAGAUGCACGAUGCCCGAUGACCGACGAACUUACACGUGUCCCUCAUGUCGGGAUGGCCUCAUUGGCUUCCGGAGCCGGUAUGUACAGCUCGGUGGCGCCACCGCAGAACUGGAUGGCUGGGCAGCUUGUGCAGCCUGCGGACACGAAGCUGAGGCCGAGAAGAUGGCAAACUUGGAGCAGCUUUGGGCCCGAGUGCACCGCCGGCUGCCUGCCUGGUGCCGAGGUGCUGAGGGGCGGGCGCUACUUCGGGGCUUCUUGCAUCCGGGUGGAGCUCCGGCGCUCUCUGUGUCUGCGCUGGAAGAGAUGAGCGAAGAGCUCGGCAUGCCGCCCGAGGAGCAGCUCGAGGAGCUCCGGGAUCGCAGAGGGCCGAGGCCGACAGAUGCCGAGGCCCUCAGCGAUGACCUAGCGGCUGCAGUUCUUCUGCACCGAGAGUUGGUAAGCAGGCAACAUGAUCCUGAAGUCCCUUCGGAGGCACACUGGCUCACGGCCGAUGCAGCCGGUGCGGCUCUGGAGGCUGGGCUCCUGCUGCUCAAGACGAGUGGCAUGGACGACGAGCUGCAGCGCGCUUGUCAGGCUCAAGUGGCUUUCCUUCAGCUUCAACCAGAAGAACUUGUCGCAGCUGCAGAUUGCAGGCUCCGAUCGCUACAACGAGCGCUGGGUGAGGCGACGCUGACGGUGGAAGCCGCAGAGCUUCUUCGACUCAAGGCUCAAUGCCUCGACCUUUGCCAGCCAGCCGAAGCAGCUGCCGUGAGGAGGCACGCCUUGGAUGUGGCCUCCGCUAUGUUGCCGGGUGUGUUUCUUUUCUUGGACGGUCUUGAGCUCCGCAUUCGCGAUUUCGAGGAGGGCUGCUACAAGCUCUCACUAGCCGAGCGUCGACUGAGCCGUUGCUUGGACGACCUUGAGUCCCAAUUGGAGCUGGAGGCUGUGCAGCAAUCGGGUCUUGUCGACGAAGUGCUAGCCUCCAGACUUGUUGAGCAACGGCGCGUCAUAAAACUGCAGCAGGUGGAGUUGGAUCAGCUCCACUUCGAGCACCAGGUGCUGGCCGAGGAGGCGGCUCGACUUCGCGAGGAGGUGAUGGCCACAAUUUCGGAGACCAUGCCGGAAGAGGAGGAGUUCGGUGUCAGCUUCGUGGAUGCACCUAAUUCACCGCAAGCCAGCGAGCAUGGCAGGUCUGCUGCACCCGCUUCAGCUUUCAGUCCAGGGUCGAGACUGCAGGACUCCAUGAAUCCAUGGGCUCUCACUGUGCUCUGCUGGCUCUAG